CAUUGUCUCUUUCUGCCCCUCUCAGCCCUUCUCUUAACAACCAUCUCACUGAAGAUCAAGUCCUAAAGAUAUGGCGUCAAAAAGAGCACUGGUGAUUCUAGCCAAAGGGGCCGAGGAAAUGGAAACUGUAAUCCCCACGGAUGUUAUGAGGAGAGCUGGAAUCAAAGUGACCGUUGCAGGCCUGACAGGUAAAGAACCAGUGCAGUGCAGUCGAGAUGUCUUCAUUUGUCCUGAUGCCAGUCUUGAAGAUGCCAGAAAAGAGGGGCCUUAUGAUGUCGUGGUCCUGCCUGGUGGUAACCUUGGAGCUCAAAACUUGUCAGAGUCUCCUGUUGUGAAAGACAUUUUGAAGGACCAGGAAAGCAGAAAAGGCCUGAUUGCUGCUAUUUGUGCAGGUCCUACUGCCCUUCUGGCACAUGGGAUAGGGUUUGGAAGCAAAGUCACGACACAUCCUUUGGCCAAGGAUAAAAUGAUGAAUGGAGCACACUACUCCUACUCCGAGAGCCGCGUGGAGAAAGAUGGGAACAUCCUCACCAGCCGUGGCCCUGGUACAAGCUUUGAAUUUGGGUUGGCCAUUGUUGAAACGCUGAUGGGGAAAGAAGUGGCUGAACAGGUGAAGGCACCCCUAAUACUGAAAGAGUGAAAUUCUGGCGUGGGACGGGGAGUGAAACAACUUUAGAUGGAGUUCUUGUCCUUUGUAGAAUAACUGUAAGAUGCAUUGUUCUAAAUUUGUUUGUAAGAUGCAUUGUUCUAUUUGCUUGUGGGUGAAAUUAGCAACUGUACUUACCUAAACUGUGUUACCUUAACCAACCAACGGUCUUUAUUUCUGGAAAAAGAUCCUGUUAGCAACAACACUUCAUCACUAAAAAGCAACCAGCACCUAAUAAUCAUAGUUAGCUCUCGGAUGGCAUUUAAAAAUCACAUGGGAAAAUGUUUGCUGAGUAAAUAAAAAUGAAGCAACCUUG